CUCAAUAAAAAGUACUGAUUGAUCGACAGGUGUCAGGCAUCACCCCUAUGACCCGGCCCCUCUGAUUCAGGACGAACCUCCGGCACGUGAUCGACUCCUAGCCCACAUGACAUUUGAAGAGCCACUCAAGAAGCAGAGAGCAAAGACCAACGGUCCCGUUGAGAACAGGGGAAAGAAGAGCUGUUGAAAAUGAAGGAGCUGGCUCUGUGAGGUAGGGAGCAAAAGAUGUGCACGUGGUAUUUGGAGGAAAAGGACACGGCAAAGAAACUAUCAGCAGAUGAAAACUUUCUCGAGAACCACUUUUACAUGGUCUAGCAAAAGUUGGAACUUCGAUAAGGCUCAAAGGGGGCCCGCUGCCUCUGAGAAGCUGGUCUGGAGAAAGAUAGCCAGUUGACUGGAAUAGAGUGUUCCUUGGGCAAUGCAAGUCUGAUUGAGCCCAGCACGCUGCAUUAUUGAAUGAACUGCUUCUGUGCAUGGAUGUGGCAUUUGAAUCAGGGUACAGUUCCAUGAUGAAAAGAAGAAUUGGCCAGAGACAGAUUUUCACAUUUUCACCUCUGACCAGACCGUUUGUACCCUCCGGUUGUAUCUGGCCCGGAAGUGAGCAUUCCUUUUCAGGAUGAGUCAGAAGCCUCCAGAGAUCCCGCGAGCAGUGGUGUGGGAUGGAAAGGGAUGGCCUGGAACAGCUGCCCUGUGACUGAGCACCACCGAAUCAACGCAGAUCCGGCAAUCGGCAGAUUAAUCUCGAAGCCACAGCCCCUGCAGAGAUGGGAGAGGCAGACCUCAUCAGACAUCCUGGAGGAACUCAUUGUUCAAGGAAUAAUCCAGGGUCGGAGUCAAGCAUCACGAAACAGAGGCGCCGAAGACGUCACGGGAAACAACAUGGAGGAACCACUCCGGAAGCCCCCAGCUAAACUAAAGAAACUCAAGGCCGAGAAGCAAGACCACAGCUCCGCAGUCAGUGUUCUGGAGAAGGAAAUGAAGGGUGCCGAAGAGAGGUGGAAGACCCAAGAAGAAGGGUCCAAGAGAAGACUGAAGAGGGACAGACUUUGGGCUCCCAUUGACUUUUGGGCCCCCAUUGACUUGGGCAAGAUGGAUUCUCCAGCCACAGAAGGGCACCAAGCUUUAAGUACUCAGACCGUCCUGGAAGAAGACAAUCGUUUGCACGGUGGAGGAUGUGCACUUGAAAGUGAUGAGACAAAUUAUGAGGCUGAGGGGUUUUGCGUUCUGGAGUCUGACGUAUCUUUCAACUGCUCAAAUGACACAACCUUCUGAACUAAUAUCUCUUCAAGCCCGGGUUACCCUGUCCUUGUUGUCUGGGUGUCGUUGUCUAGCCUCAGGCAGAGCCUUGGGCUGGGUGGGCAGCUGGGCUGACCCAGGUCACCAUUCCUUCCUCCUGCUCUUAACUUAUCCCCCCAGUUUAAAAGGGUCUGGCUCUGGCUUUCAUUGUUUAUGCAACUGGAAUAAUAAUGUUGGUAUUUGUUAAGCGCCUACUAUGUGCCAAGCACUGUUCUAAGCCCUGGGGUAGAU